AGAAGGCAGGGGUUAGCUUUAAGUUACACCCUCUUUUUAGUAGCUUUUUUGCUACUCCUGCAGCCCUCUCAGUGUACUCAUUUUGUACAUUGUGGAUGGGAUUUUAAACAGCACUUGUGUGAUUUAAGAGCACAAGUCUCAUGGACUUUCAACUGGAAAGUUGCAUCUGUAGCUGCUUCAUUGACGUCUGUUGAGUUAGUCCGCAUAUACACUGCUGUGGCUGAGACUGAAAUUUGUCCAACUGCCUUCACAGAAUGGAUUAUGUCAUUCUGUGGCCCUCUGUGAAGCUGUUUUAAACCCAUCCCUCUUUCAAACAGAAUAAGAAAGCAUAACUAGAGAGCAAACAAAAGGCAGUCUUAUGCCAUGGUUCUGAGGACUAUUUUCAGUUAACUUCUUGGCUAUGACCCUAGUUCAGUAUUCCAAUGGCCUUGGGAACAAAAGAUGGAGGGUGAGUAGGAGUGUCAGAUUUUGACUCUAUAUUAAUAGGGAAUCAAAAAAGGAGCCACAUAUGAAAUAUUUCAACAGGCAAACAUGGAAUUUUCUAUUCCAGGAUCUUAACAUUGUGUAUAUAACAAUAAGAGAACAAAGGAAAUAAAAUCAGGGAGACGGAGACUACCUGUAAAAAAGACAGAGUGGUAAUUCCUUACAAUGGUGCAAUUACGGUGAAGUCCACUUCAUCCACAUAAACCAAGUGUUCGGACUCCAUGUGGAGGGAGUGUAAAGCAACUGAAAAAGUGAAAAAUACCCCCUCAAUUUGGAGCCAGUGACUGGGGCUGCUACUAAAGUCUGGAAUAGCAAGUAUAGACUCUCUCCAGCAACUAUGCAAGCCAUUGUGCCUUCAGGAUCCAUAUAAAUAUCAGGCCUGCUCCUAUUUUAGGCCCCAAUUCUGCAGAUGACUGCAAUGGGACUCAGCAGAGGUGCAGGGAUCUGCAUUCACAGAGCUCAGUACAGCACUCGGGCCAUAGACUUCUUCAUCACCUUAUGAAAGGCCAGCAUCCAGACACCUGCAUGGUCCACAGUCCCUCUACUCCGCACAGUUCCUCUGCACCGUAUAAUGGAACUGGUUUUUGUGUAGAAGUGGUCUCCUGGUUCCAGUGUUCCCUUUGAUGUGGCAAGAUCAACAAGCGAACAAGAUUUCAUAACCACCUUGUGUAGGGAAGCUACUGAAAGACACAAUGACUGAGUUCUUGGUUUGCUUUAACUGGUGCAGUGGUGAGCAGCCCCAGCCAAAGAGACGUCGGAGACUAGAUCGAAAAAUGAUUGGAGAACCAAUGAACUUUGUUCAUACUGCCCAUGUUGGAACAAGAGAUAUGAAUAGUGGUUUUACAUCAGCUGGAUCAAUUCAGGACCAUAUGAAGUCAAAAGGUGGCUACACAAAUGGUACUCCUGCAAGUGCACAGCUAUAGAAAACUCAAAAGGAGACUGAUGCACCAAUUUUUGAAAUUCUGGAAACUGAUGCUGUUGGAAGACCUCACUUGUUUACACUAAUAGUAAAAGAGAUUCUACUGGGGAAUGGAGUAUUUCAUAGUAAUGUAACAUUUCUCUGACUCUAGUAGUUGGAUGCCCACAUUCUAAUUAAUUCUUUGCUAGAACUAUACACUAGUGUUACUUUUAACUUUAUAAAUUAGAUCUUAAAGCCCAGUGAAGUCUCCACAACACUAAGGCUUUUGUGAUGGAUACUCUUACAAAAUAACUGGGUUCUCCACCCUAAAGUAGGUCCAGGUGACUGGAAAAACAGGUAUGUGUUUCCAUCACUGAGCUGUAAAUGCCUAGCAUGUUCUCUCCCACUACUGUAAUAACUGCAACAGAUCUCGCUGUGCCAAAGUCUCUGAAAGAGGCUAGGUAAUGCUGGAUGGGUCUCAACAGAAUGCUCAAGACUUUCUUUAGACUUAAAUUUAUGCAUCAGCAAUUUACAUUACCAACUGAAUUUUAAACUCUCAUCUAGAGAUGACAUUCUAGGUAUCAAGCAGUCAUGUAGCGUGGUGGUUGGGUGGGUGGUUGGUUUUGGGGUUUUUUUGUUUGUUUUUGGUAGCUGAUUGGUUUGGUUUUUUCCAAUGGUAGUGACACCAGAUCUAACAAUAAGUGACAGCCUGUCUUCCAGACACUUAAAAAAAUAAAACCAGUCUCUAAUUACUUUGUUUUUUAAAUGCAUUGGAAGUUCCUAGGUAACUUUUUUUAAACUGAAGUAGAUGAUGUAAUGGCCUAAAUUAAAGAGAAAAUAGGUAGACUAGUCUUAAUCACUUCUCAAAGAAACAUACCACAUUUGACACUUAUGCUAAAUUGUAGUCUGUGUAUACUUGAUAUAUGUACAGUGCUGGCAUUUUGAGAUGUUGCUUCUGUUAAAUAGUCAUGAAUGCCAGAGGCAACAAGUUUAAGUAUCCCUUGAAGUGACUAGGUCCAUAAUCACUAUCAUAAGUGCAUCUUUAUCUUUUUUAAUCUUGGGUAAUAGACAAUUGUCCUCUCAAACUAUGCAAUUGGUAUGGAUGCAGCAACUUAAAGUGGUCAUAACUUGCUUCCUUGAUUUCACUUAAGUUCAUGAACUUGAAUUAUCGCCAACUUUAGAGCAUUGACAAGACACCUGGUAAGUCAGUGGAACUCUCAUUUAUUUCAACAGGAGUAGGAUCAGGCCUGCAAGUUUGUCUUUAAAAUAUCUUUCAACACAGUGUGAUCUGACCACUGUCAUGCGACUCUCCUAUAAAUUAAAGAGGUCUUCUGUGACUGAAAUGUGUCAGUGUAUACCUAUUGCUAUAAGAGCUGAUGUGAAGGCUU